CGUCGUUAAAUCUUAUAUUCUCUAUUUUUUUCUUGGCUUGUUUAAACUGCAGCAGGUUCAGACGAACACAUGCAUAAUUAUAUUACUUCCAUGAAAUUCUAAAAUACAUUUCGACUUUAUUUAGAACUACAUAAUUAGUUUUAGACUGAAAUAUUACACUGCUCGUGUGACGGUCACAAUGUUAGUGAGUAAUUGGAAAUGGUAAUUGGUAUGUAACGGCAUGUUAUACUAUACACUAUAUACAAUACGAAAAACGCGUUGUUGCCAUUUUAUCUUCAAGCUAUUUAUACCUAAUAAGUAGAAUGUGUUACAGUGAAAUAAGUGGUUUUUUUAAACUGGUGUAAUAUCGAGAGACACAAACUCAGAAAAUAAAUUUUUCUUUCUAAGCACACUAAACACUACUCUAAACAUCACUAAAAAAAAUUAUCCAAGUCGUCAUGUUGUCAAACUUUGUUAAUUUAAAAAUUUCAAAUAUUAGAUUACAUUCUAACAUUGUUUAUUGUAGGAGUGUAUGAAAUUAAGAAACUUCGGACAUUAUUUUAAAGUAGAGGUUACAAGUUUUAAUUUAAAAGAAUGAUUAUCAUCCUACGAUAAUCUGUUGUUGAGUAAUCAUCUUCUAAAUGUGGUCAAUUUUUGACAUAAAUUUCGUAAUAUUAUAAUUAUUUUUGACAGUUUAUGAGAGUAACUGUAUAUCUUGGUGUAAUAAGUAUAUACUGUGAUUAAAAAGGAAUUUAUAAAGUCGCAAUUACAUGCCGACUGAUCGAUGAUAGACUGAAAGAAGUUUAAAUUACACACCAUCUACAUACGAUGUACAUGUAUAAUAGUAUAUUGUCGCUAAAAACAGAUGGUUGGAAUAAAGAUCGCACAGCAUUUCACAGUUCACAGUAGUUGUGCCAAGCAUUUCGUACGGACAGUACAUUCAUAUGAUACAUGAAAUAUCACCGACGUAUACUUUGCUAUUCUUUUCUCAAGUGGACUAGUGUGGUUUAACGAAUUAUCGAAUUCACCGUACUAAUACACACAUUUGUUUAUCCUAUUUAAAACCUGGUCGAAGGAAGCAUGAAUUUUCAAGGCUUGAAUAGUUUAAAUAUUUUUAUGAACAAGUUUUCGGGAAAUUUUUUACCUGUCACAAACGAGAAAAAGGAACUGACUGUUCUUCUAAAAAUUUACUUACUUAUUGUUUGGCUGACACAGCUAACAUAUUUGGCUACUUGUAUCUUUGGACUUUUCCAUGUGCCUAGUGAAAGAGUACUAAAGGACAGCACAAUAAAUAUGAUAGUCUCGGUGGAAGCAAUCAUUUUGAUAAUUUAUCUAUCCAACCGUAAAAGUUUAUUACGCGCAUUAAUUGGGAAACUAAAUUAUGUUCUUCUCGUAGAAGAUGAAGUGCUUCAGAAGGCCGUAAUUAGUACAACAAGACCGUUAGAAAAACCACUGAGAAUAUAUACGAUUGCUAGUAUCAGUUCUGUUGUUAUUUGGACAUCGUUGCCAUUUUUCGAAGUGUUUCGGAAAAGUGAAUUUUAUUAUACCGACUAUCGAGUGCCAGCUGGUUUAUUUGAGGAACCUUUCACAGUUGGCAUUUUUAUUAGCGGAGUUUUCCUUCAGAUUUUCGGCAGUGGAUAUACGAUAACCAGAAAAGUUAGCUUGGAUCUCUACACAAUGCAUUUAAUACUUUUAGUAACCGCCCAAUACAAGUAUCUCCGGAUCAAAUUUGCAGCGAUAUUUCAACAGCAAUCUAGCAAGCAGCAGAAUUCAAAUGAUAUGAUUAAACGGAAAUUGAGAUUGUUAACUUAUCAUUAUGGAACCAUAAUUCA